GUAUAAAUAAGUGUGAGAGAGACACCAGAGACAUCAGAGCGCCGAGACAACCUGAAAUCAGGAUCUUCAUCAGAUCACUUCUGCUGAAAUUUGACCAUGAAGCUGGUAUCAGUCGUCCUCCUCCUGCUGGCUCCUCUAUUGAUCAGCUGCCAGCAGCUCGUUCUGCCGGUAGACUGCAGCGACAUUUACCAAAAUGACAACAGCCGACCCAGUGGAGUGUACACCAUCUAUCCCAUCGGAGCCACGUCUGCUGUCCAGGUGUACUGUGACAUGGAUUCACAAGGAGGACUGUGGAUGGUGUUCCAGAGGAGGCUGGACGGCACGGUGAACUUCUACAGGGGCUGGGAUCAAUACAAGACUGGCUUUGGUAUCGCUGCUGGAGAGUACUGGCUCGGUCUCGAGUCUCUCUACCACCUGACUCAGAGGAAAAGGUACGAGCUGCUGGUCGACAUGGAGGACUUUGAAGGAAACGCAGCGUUCGCUCGUUACUCCUCAUUCUCCAUUAAAACUGAGUGUGACGGAUAUGCACUGAAUGUUUCUGGAUUCACUGAUGGAGGAGCAGGAGACUCCCUGAGUCCUCACAACGGACAGAAGUUCUCCACCUUCGACAAAGAACAGGACUCUGAUGUAGCAAGGCACUGUGCCAGAACAUUCUUGGGGGCGUUCUGGUACAACAGAUGUUUCUUAGCAAAUCCAAACGGUGUUUAUCGUUGGGGGUUUGACAGCACUCUCUUUGCUGUUGGAGUGGAGUGGGACACUUGGAAAGGUGAUAACUACUCCCUGAAGACCAUCAGCAUGAAGAUCCGUCCUGUGCAGUAGUUCUCCAGGACCAACGUACAGCAGAAUAUCAGCUCAUCUCUUCUGAUUUCUUUCUCUUUCUCUCAUUAAGCAUUUAAUCUCACAACAGGUCUUAUUUUCCUGAAACUGGGCACCAGCACAAGAAAACUAACUGUCUGUAAAUCUUGUUACUAGGGUUGGGUACUGAAACGCUGUGCCAAUAGGGCACCGGUUCCGACGUAAACGGUAGUAAUGAGACCAAAUAGAACGAAAAUUUCGGUGCCUGACUCUGAAACUCUCCUUGCCAGCCUCAUGCUGCAUUCAAUGUUAUUGUAAAUUACCCUUUUCCCAUCUGGUGCUUGUUUUAGUUGUUUUACUGCUGAAAUAAGUCAUUGUUAAUACAUUAUUAAUCAAUCAUUUAAUUUCGACCACAUGGCCAUAGCAGGAGAGAAAGAAGUAAAGAAAAUUAAGUAUAAAAAGAUCUUGCAGUUCAGGACAGCCAGUUGAUGUUUGGUGGAGGUUUAAACUCUAAUGUGAAUCUUUAUCUGCUGUAUGGUGACAAUAAAUAAGAAGCUGAGCAUUAAGAUGA